UGACAUGUAUGGCUAUCUGACAGAACACCUGUGUCCUGCAACUCUUAGAUGUCUCCCUGGUCCAAUACACCUGAACCACCUCCCAACUGCAGUCAGAUUCUCCUGCUAAUGACCUCAUUAUUUGACUCAGAUGUGUUGAAGUAAACAUUUAUUUAAAAGUUGCAGGACACCGGGCCUCCAGGACCAGGAGUGCCCACACCCGCAAACUGUAGCGGAAGGAAAAUGAAUCCCAUGUUUACUCCGCCACUUCACAGCCAACGACAUCAGUUUGUCAUCGAUUUUGUCAGAAAAAAACAACCUAAGAAGGUAGCUGACCUGGGCUGCGGCGAGUGUAAGCUCCUGAAACAGCUCAGGUUUCAGCGGAACAUUGAGCUGCUGGUCGGCGUGGACAUCACCGGUGCCAAAAUCAAGAAACAUAUGCACAGAUUGGCUCCUCUGUCCACAGACCACCUGCAGCCCACCUUCGACCAGCUCCACAUUGAUCUGUACCAAGGUUCAGUCACACAGAGAGACGCUCGGCUCCGAGGGUUCGACUUGAUGACCAGCAUAGAACUUAUAGAACACCUCACUCUUCCUGAUUUGGAGCUCUUUUCUUCUGUGGUUUUUGGAUACAUGAGACCAGCGAGCGUCAUUGUCAGCACCCCGAACUCUGAAUUCAACAAACUGUUUCCUGGACUGACUGGUUUCAGACACAGCGACCACAAGUUUGAGUGGAACAGAUCAGAGUUCAGAUCCUGGGCUCUUAAAGUGUGUUUGGAUUAUGGCUACGAGGUUGAAAUCACCGGAGUUGGAGAAGCGCCUCAGGAGCAGCAGGAAAGUGUCGGUUUCUGCUCCCAGAUUGGUGUGUUUCAACGUCUGAACGUUUCACCCGACCGAGAUGAGGAGGAAGUGUUUUCCUACACUUUGGUGUACUCUGUAAAUUACCCCACUUUGCGUGACAACAACACUUUCACCAGAGUCCUGGUGAGCGAGGUUCUGUUCUGGGCAGAACGACUGAAGAACAGGUGGAUGGAGGAAACGACUGGAGGGACGAAUUGUGUUUUACCACACAGUCAGACUGAACAACAGAAACCAUCAGCAUGUACGGACAGGUUGGGUUGUCCAGGUGGAGGUGGAGGGGAGGAGCUUACCGUGUCGCUUUGGAUAAACGACCAAGAAGAGUCCGGGAUCGUAAACAGGUUUGUCGUCGUUCCUCUGGCGGCGCUCUGGUCCUUCUGUCCCAAAAUCGCUGAACUGAGUGGAAAUGUUUCCAACCUGAGACGUUUCCUGAUGGACCAGCCUCAAGUUAAACUCUCUCAGGACGGAUCCGCUCUACUCGUAAAGUGUGAAGCACAAGAACCAGAACAGAUCAACAGCGAUGAUGAGGAAGAUGCACCAGCCGUCCAGUGUUCCCAUCAAACUGAACCAGAGGAAGACUGGGAAGCAAAAAUUUGACUUGGAGAAAUCAGUUGUUGUUGUCAGGAAAAGCUGGUAAUGUAAAUUAAUCUACCCUGCGGUGAAUGUUUGUUUAAAUAAAGGUAAAGUUUUUCAGUU